AUGGCCGAUGACAUUGACAUAGAAGCUAUGCUGGAAGCUCCUUACAGGAAGGACGAGAAUAAACUGAACAGUGCCAAUGGACAUGAGGAGCGUAGCAAGAAGAAAAAGAAAAGCAAAAGCAGGAGUCGCAGUCGAGAGCGGAAACGCAGCCGAAGCAAGACUCGUAAGCAUAGUAAGGAGCGGGAGAGAAAAAGAAGCAGAAGCAGAGAGAAAAAACGUAGCCGCAGUAAAGAACGACGAAGGAGCCGUUCGAGAAGUAGGGAUCGUAGAUUCAGAGGUCGAUACAGAAGCCCAUACUCUGGACCAAAAUUUGGAGGUCCCAUGCGUGGAAAGAUGGGAGGAGGAGUACCACAUGGUGUGAAGCUGAGGCGGAGGUCAAAGAGCAGAAGUCCUCAAAAGAGAGAGAAAAGCCCUGUAAGAGAACCAAUAGAUAAUCUUACACCGGAAGAGAGAGAUGCACGUACUGUCUUCUGCAUGCAGCUAGCAGCCAGAAUCCGGCCAAGAGAUCUUGAGGAAUUUUUCUCCACUGUAGGAAAGGUCCGUGAUGUACGAAUGAUUUCAGAUAGAAAUUCCAGGCGCUCUAAGGGCAUUGCUUAUGUGGAGUUUGUUGAUGUCAGUUCUGUACCUUUAGCUAUUGGCCUAACAGGACAGAGAGUCUUGGGUGUUCCUAUUAUAGUUCAAGCUUCUCAGGCAGAGAAGAACAGAGCUGCUGCUAUGGCUAAUAAUUUACAGAAAGGCACUGCAGGACCAAUGAGGUUGUAUGUUGGAUCUUUGCACUUUAACAUAACGGAAGAUAUGCUACGUGGAAUAUUUGAACCAUUUGGUAGAAUCGAAAGCAUCCAGCUUAUGAUGGACAGUGAGACUGGCCGCUCCAAGGGAUAUGGAUUUAUUACUUUCUCAGAUUCCGAAUGUGCCAAAAAAGCUCUAGAACAGUUAAAUGGCUUUGAGCUCGCUGGGGCGCCCGAUGAAGGUUGGUCAUGUGACAGAACGUACUGAUGCCUCAAAUGCCAGUUCGUUUUUGGAUAGUGAUGAGCUUGAGAGAACUGGAAUAGACCUUGGAACUACUGGUAGACUUCAGCUUAUGGCAAGGCUGGCUGAAGGUACGGGUCUACAGAUUCCCCCAGCUGCUCAGCAAGCAUUACAGAUGAGUGGGUCAUUAGCAUUUGGAGCUGUAGCAGAUCUCCAGACAAGAAUUACACAACAAAGUGAAGCUCUUGCUGCUGCUUCUGCUGCUGCCAUCUCGUUGACUUCAGCCACAUUACCUAUUCCAGCAACAGCAACUCAGCCACUCGCUACACAGUGCUUCCAGUUGUCAAAUAUGUUUAACCCUCAGACGGAAGAUGAGCCAGGCUGGGACCAAGAGAUAAAAGACGAUGUUAUUGAAGAAUGCAACAAACAUGGAGGAGUUGUACACAUUUAUGUAGAUAAGAAUUCGCCACAGGGAAAUGUUUAUGUGAAAUGUCCAACCAUAGCAUCUGCAAUAGCUGCAGUUAAUGCACUACACGGGAGGUGGUUUGCUGGUAAAAUGAUCACAGCUGCGUAUGUCCCACUUCCAACUUACCACAGCCUCUUCCCAGACUCCAUGACCUCAACUCAGCUUCUGUUUCCUGUUCGUCGAUGA